AUGAAGAACUUAUACUGGUUUAAAGAAAUUUCUAACAACGUUAGAUCAGGGAGAAGACUUUCACUAGGGGAAUACAAACGAGCGGUGUCAUGGUCCAAGUAUUUGAUCUCUUCAGGGGCAGCCAUAAAGGGUGAGGCUGAAGAAGAAUGGAGUGCUGAUCUGUCUCAGUUGUUCAUCGGGUCCAAGUUUGCUUCUGGCAGGCAUAGCCGGAUCUACCGAGGCAUCUACAAGCACAUGGAUGUUGCAAUUAAGAUGGUGAGUCAACCGGAGGAGGAUGAGGACUUGGCUGUUUUGCUAGAGAAGCAAUUCACUUCUGAGGUUGCUUUGCUCUUUCGAUUGCGCCAUCCAAAUAUCAUUACCUUUGUUGCAGCUUGCAAGAAACCUCCUGUCUUCUGUAUUAUUACUGAAUAUUUGGCUGGGGGUUCCUUGAGAAAAUACUUGAUUCAGGAAGGACCACAUUCAGUUCCUCACAAGCUUGUUCUGAAAUUAGCCUUGGACAUUGCUCGGGGAAUGCAAUAUCUUCAUUCUCAGGGUAUACUUCACAGGGAUCUCAAAUCAGAAAAUCUGCUGUUGGGGGAAGAUUUGUGCGUAAAAGUAGCAGAUUUUGGAAUCUCAUGCUUGGAAUCUCAGACUGGUAGUGCAAAAGGAUUCACUGGAACAUACCGUUGGAUGGCACCUGAAAUGAUAAAAGAAAAGCGUCACACCAAAAAAGUAGAUGUCUAUAGUUUCGCCAUAGUUCUGUGGGAAAUACUAACAGGAUUGACCCCAUUUGACAACAUGACACCAGAGCAGGCAGCAUAUGCUGUGACUCACAAGAAUGAAAGGCCUCCGUUACCAUGUGAGUGUCCACGGGCAUUUAGUCAUCUCAUAAACAGAUGUUGGUCAAGCAAUCCAGAUAAACGACCACAUUUUGAUGAGAUAGUUGCAAUUUUGGAGAGCUACAGUGAAGAACUUGAGCAGGAUCCAGAAUUUUUAUCCACUUACAAACCACCUCCUAAUAACCUUAUUCUCAGAUGCUUACCAAAAUGUAAUACCACUGCCAAUAUAUCUGCUUCUUGCAAACCUUAA